AUGGGGUAUAAUAAUAAUUCAAGCAGUUACCAAAUCCCGUCGUUUCUAUAUUCAACUAUUCUUCUUCUCCUCUUCUUCAUCCUUUGGUUCAGCAGUCACAAUCAUCAUCUUCGUCAUCAAAUCUUUUUUUGGUCUACCAUCUCCUCCGCUCUUUCUAACCACAACCACCAGAAUGACAGUUUAUACGACAUAGAAGAAAGUUUAGCAAGGGCUCGUGAUGCCAUCAAUAAAGCGGCACGAAGUGGUAAUCGAUUUGAAGGGUACAAGGAUGACAAGGGGUUCAUUCCAAGUGGACCAAUUUACAGAAAUCCUAAAGCCUUUUACCAGAGCUAUAUUGAAAUGGAGAAAAGGUUCAAAAUAUGGGUGUACAAAGAAUGGGAUGAAUCACCAUUGUUUCAUCAAUCAUCUGCGAAGUCUGCAUAUGCCAUUGAGGGCCAAUUCAUUGAUGAAUUGGAGAAAGGAAACAGCAAAUUCCUAGCUAGACAUCCAGAUGAAGCUGUCACAUUUUUCCUUCCAAUUGGUGUCACUUACAUCGUAUUGCUCCUCAACAGGCCCGGACACUAUGAUUACAAUGUCAUCCCCACUGUUCUCAUGGAUUAUAUAAAUGUGGUGUCAAACAAGUACCCGUUUUGGAACCGAAGCAACGGUCACGACCAUUUCUUUGUUGGUUGUCACGACUGGUCACCACAAAUAUCACGACACAAAUCCCAAGUGUUCCAAAACUUGAUCCGAGUGAUCUGCAAUGCCAAUACUUCAGAGGGAUUUGAUCCAGUUAGGGAUGCCACAUUACCAGAAAUCAAAAUCCUGGGUCCCGAGUUAGGGCCACCUUUCCUAAGCGAAGAUCAUGAUCCGAAAAAUCGGACCAUUCUUGCUUUCUUUGCAGGUGGACCUCAUGGUUACGUGAGAAAUAGGCUCCACGAAUAUUGGAAGGACAAAGACAAAGAUAAUACCGGAAAUCAGAUCUAUAUUGGAAGGGAUAUCAAUGGAGAAGUAUCGGGAAUUGCAGAAGAAUGUGUUUCGAGUCCGACGCCAUUUCAUUCUUCAUCGACCUGCUCAGCCAUUUGA